CUGCUGUGCUUGUGCUGGCUGACUGUAGCAAACAUCGGCGCCUUUAGUCCAGUCAUAUCCGCAGUCCGGCAGCGAAAAGCGAUUCUCAGGCAGCAGCGGCGUUCGCGGAGUCCUUCUCAGGAAUCGAUCAUGAUGUGCUGCUCAUCACAGGACGUUGACGCGUGCAGCCGCCGCUACAGAGUGAGGACGUGUUCCGGCAGCGAGGACUACUCGGCGGUGAUCGGCCUCGUCGACGCUUGGUGGGGGGGAAGACGAGUGUCGCCGAUGCUGCCCCGGCUUUUCUUCGAUAAUUUCUGCGACACUACCUUCAUGGCGGUCAUCAGGGACGAAGAAGCACAAAAAGCGGAAGCACAAAUCGCGGAAGCACAACAAGCGGACGCGGCAGACACGACACAGAGGGACGAAGUUAUUGUGGGGUUCCUCUGUGGAUUCGUCUCCCAGUCUAGGGCGGGAGAGGCGCACGCUCAUUUCAUCGGCAUCGACCCUGCUCACAGAGGGGCGGGGCUAGGGGCGCUUCUUUACGAUCAGUUCUUUAAGGCGGUCCAGACUCAUGGCUGCACCCUAGUUCAUGCCGUGACUAGCCCUGCUAAUACCGCAUCUGUGGCGUUCCACAAGGCGAUCGGCUUCGAAGCAGUACCCGCUAUUGCGCCCGAUGCAGAAGGUGACGAGAGAACGGGGGGGACUGGAAAGGCGAGAUCGAGCUCAGGAGCGUCGGAGCAUCGUUUCUUGAGUGAACACAGCGGAAGAGUCCCUGUUGAUAGAGAGCUUGUACACCUCGACUAUGAUGGCCCGGACGAUGGGGACAGAGUCGUUCUCGAGAAGCGUUUGUGAACUGCAUUGACUGGUGUUGUACGUGCCGAAGCCGCACGCCGUAGAUCAGUUUAGUCGAGGCGAACGAAAGCGGCACAGGAACUAGUAAGGCGUGCAACAACCCAUGGGUCUAGUGCUAGUCCCACUGAGGGAGGCACGGGGGUCGUCGAGCUCACUCAAGGAGGGGUGCCGUAGAAGUAGUGUGUGGUGCUUGCGCUUUGCCCUCCGAAAACAUACCCGAAGAAUCGUGAGCAAUGUGCGGAAUCUCGUCUGUCCACUCAAUGC